AUGAAAUACCUACUGGCCUUCAUCGGCCUUUUGCCGCUGAACAACGCCAUCGGCGUACUAUGCAAACUUUGGGUAAGUAGUUUAUCAAUUAAAUUUAGGAAACUAGUUCAUCAUUCCACACUAUUAGCAGAACAUGGAGUCUAGUUUGUUUUGAUGUACACUUUAUGAAAAUCCGACUUUCCGAUAAGUUAGCAGCAGAGGGAAAUAGAGUGAGCUCUACUUAGAAAUGGAGCGCCAAAAGGUCGUCACUCACAACUCUAUCUCUUAUACGCACUAUUUUCGUCGUUAUCUAGCAGCAAGAAAACGAACAAAACAGUUCCUAUCAGAGAAAGAGUUGUGGCGAUCUUAUGGCGCCCCAUUUCAGAGAAAAAAAAUCUAACUUUCGAACCCAAAAAUUCACGCUAAGCGAAAAAAGUUGUUCUUAACCUUGAACAUCAUUUUAGUCAGAAGACAAUGAUGACUCCAAAUUUCAGGACAACACAACCGAGAGAAGACACGUUUUUUCGCUCGAAACGCCUCUGAAAGCUGGGGAUACCAUUUUUCUCAAUGCGACCGGCAGCGGGAGUAAAUCGAUUAUACAGUUAAUUUCUCACGAAUCUUGGGGUUACUCCAGAUUGGCCCCCACUGGUGUAAUAAACAGCCCCCAAAGCCGCGUUCGAACGAGUCCCCCACCAGUUGGUGGAAUUAUUUGCUAACAGGUCUCGAAACGAUUCAAAGGGGGCCGCGUUUUUUUGAUCAGAUCUUACUUUAGAAAAAUUUUGACUCCAAUCAAAUUUUAACCUUUUCGUUUUUUUAUUUGUUAUUUUUUUCUUCAUUUUUGAUGUAGGAAAAAUAUGACGUGUAACAUGUGUUUGUAAAAAUUUUUUUAGGUAAAAAGGGACGAUUCUGGAAUGCCGUGGGGGGCUUUUUUUGAAGGAUGUAGGGGCGAUUCUGUAAUAUGGGGACCCGGACAAGGCUUGCAAUGAAUGAUUCUUGAAGAUUGUCUAGGGUUUCAGAAUUUUCCCCGAACCUCGUCAGAAAAUCGUUUCACGAGAUUGAAAAAUGGGAUAUAAUCAAAAAGUUUUUGAAACGUUCUCAAUUCCAGCUUCAUUUUCGAUUUGUAUGAGGGAACUCCGCUAGCGACCGAUCGGAGUAAAAACGCUUCUCUCCGUAUUAUUGCAAAUUUGAAAACGAGCAUGAUGGCUUUCAAUACGAAUACGGCGAGAUUUUGAAUUCAUUUUUUUGUUGAAGUCAAAAGUGCCUUCUCGGACGCUCACGUUAUGGUUUACACUUAAUUUAUCAUUGAACAAGUUCGGAAUGUAGGAAAGAACGUUACAGAAACUCCAGAGUGAUCACUAUGGGGGCAUCCCUAGGGGCCCUUGAAUGGUCGCCUAUAGUACCAAAACCAACCCCUAUAAAUGCCGCUGAAGCUUGUAAAAGUGGCUGUUUUAGGGAUAUUAGUUAAAAAGUCCUUAUGAGGAGUAUGCUAGUCUGAAAUUCAAUCUGAAUUUCUGAUACGUCUUUCCAUUUUUUAUUUCCUGAACUCCUAUAGGGACGACCUAAAUUUUACCCCUAUGGUGAGAAAUUUUUUGUCUCUAAUGCGGCUGUUUUUUCCCGUAGGCCCUCAGAGACCACUCUGGUUUUCUAACUACAAAAUGGAGAACAUGAACUAUGAAAUAGAGCGCAGAGUAGUCAGACUGUCCCAGUUAGUGGUGAAUGAGAUAUGAACGGGAAAAUCGUUACCUUCCCCUUUGAAAAUAAACUUUGAACCUUCAGCCCGAUGGAAAGUACAAGGAAGAGCCCAAGUUGUCUCCUGUCAAGCACAACGGCCCAAUCAAAAUAAAGAUUCUGUCCGUCUUCCAUGAAUCUCGGGCUACAUUCAUUAUUUCAGAGUGCGACAAAUUGAUUAUCAGAUUUACGUCGACGAAAAACUUUUCUGGACCUACAACUACCGUCGGCUAUUACUAGACACAGUUCAAGCCAUCGGAAUCGAAGGAAUCAAAUUCACGAGCACCACAGAGAAGCAAGUCUAAGUCCGAAAAGCUUAGGAGACAGAAAAUUUAGAAGACAUAUUUUAUUUUUCUUUCUCGAAUAGAAAUUCUCGCUCUCAAGUUGAAGAAACAAUUUCAGUUCCUGCCCGGCUUACUUUGGAACGCGGAGCUCGGACGAUUUCCAGACCAUCGUGAUUGAAGGUGGAAAAGUCAAUAUCCUCUGUAAGUUGUAGAACUUUCUGGUCGCACUUGGAAUGGCUUGAUUCACGAAAUAAAGCGACGCGUCGCAAAAUCUUCCCAAUUUUUGUCUAUGUUUUUUUUCAGAUGGCCCUACUCUGCAAGACAAUAAUGGAGGAGCUUCUAACGGCGGCAGAGUAGUCAUCGAACUUUAA